GUAAGAUCAGCGAAGGUUUGCUACAACUGCUUGCGUUCUCAUAGAGACAGGCCUUGUAAAUUCUCGAGCUGCUCGAUAUGCCAAAAACGUCACAAUACGUUAUUGCACCUCGACAAUUGCAAGUCCGUCGACAAAUCUGAGACGGCGCAAUCCGCGACUACUACUUCACAAUGACUAUCCGAUCAGGCCACGCGAAAAACUACAAGUCUAGCCGCGAUAUCGCAUAACGUUACUUCGCAAUUAUUAACGAGCGCGUUGAUAUACGUCCACGACAAUAAGAACGAACUCAUUCGAUGUCGCGCCCUGUUAGAUACAUGUGCAUCCGCGAACUUCAUAUCCGAAUCCUUAUUAAAACGUUUAGGUGUGCCCGCAAUCGCGCACCCAUGUCCGAUCAGUGCGAUUAAUACCAUGAGCACUGAAUCGAAGAGUAUGGUACAAAUAACAAUACAGUCAAUGCGCGGCAGUUUUCGUAAACAAUUAACAUGUCUGUCUAUUCCGGCUAUCGCGGAUUUAAUACCAUCCGAUAUAUUUCCGCGAGACACCAUAAAAAUACCCGCGAACAUCAAGCUGGCGGAUCCGGAUUUCCAUUUACCACGUCCAGUCGAUCUUUUAAUCGGUUCCGGAUCGACAUUGUCGUUAUUCUCCGUGGGUCAAAUUAACUUGUCACAUAAUGCUCAUGAUCUGUAUUUACAAAAGACGCGAUUGGGUUGGGUGAUUGCGGGUAGCGCAUCGGAACGAACUUCUUCCAAAUCUAUAUCGUGUGGCCUGACCAAUUUAGAAAAACAGCUAACGAAAUUUUGGACAAUCGAAGAGGUCACUAUUGACCAACCGAAAUCAUAUGAAGAGAUCGAAUGCGAAUCACAUUUCGUAAAAAAUGUAUGUCGCGAUACCGGCGGCCGUUACAUAGUCCGACUUCCGUUUCGCGAACCAAGCAAACGUCUCGGUGAGUCAUAUGACAUUGCUCUCAAAAGGUUGCUAUCUCUAGAACGUAAACUUAACAAAAACGCGACUUUGGGCGCCGAGUACGCGCGAGUCAUUGACGAAUAUUUAGAACUGGGUCAUAUGUCUCGAAUAGACCAUACCGGAGAUGGAUUUUAUAUGCCUCACCACGCUGUAAUAAAGGACUCGAGUCAUACCACUAAGGUCCGAGUAGUCUUCGACGCAUCUGCGAAAUCAUCUAACGGAAUAUCGCUAAAUGAUAUCUUAAUGGUAGGGCCCACAAUACAAAGUAAAUUGUUCGCACAUUUAAUUCGGUUUCGUUCAUAUAAUUAUGUGAUAUCGGCGGAUAUCGAAAAAAUGUAUCGUCAAAUACUAUUGCAUGAAGACGAUCGGCGAUAUCAGCGAAUUCUAUGGCGGAGGGAUGACAAGGUAGUGACGUUUCAAUUAAAUACGCUCACAUUCGGCGUUGCUUCUUCACCAUUCCUCGCCAUUCGCACUUUAAAGCAACUGGCGGACGAUGAGCGACAAGAGUUCCCCAGAGCGGCCGAAAUUCUUAAGAAUCAUGUAUACGUAGAUGAUUUAUUAACGGGUGCUGAAACUAUCAAAGACGCUCGAAUGAUUAGGGAUGAAAUAACCGCAUUGUUAGCGCGGGGUGGUUUUACCAUUCGACAGUGGGCGUCUAAUGAUACGCGGGUGAUUGAGGAUUUAGCCGACAACGCGUUACACGCGAACUUAACGUUUAAUAGCGAUUGUUCUUUACAAGCAUUGGGGGUAUCGUGGAACACGCGUAACGAUAGAUUAUGUAUCGCAGUACAUUCGAUCGAAAAUUCGGAACCGUUAACAAAACGGAGUAUCUUAUCGAGCAUUGCUAAAAUUUUCGAUCCGCUGGGAUUAUUGGGUCCAGUGGUGUUACAUGCUAAACGACUAAUACAGGACGUUUGGAAGUGCGGAACGCAUUGGGAUGAAUCUGUUCCGCAGAGUAUCCAUACAGAAUGGUCGGAAUUCACCCGACAAUUAGGCUCACUGCGCCAGGUUUCAUUUGAUCGAAGAUUAUUAGUAGAGAAUCGAAAGAACAUUGAAAUACACGGAUUUUGCGACGCGAGCGAAGUCGGAUACGGAGCGUGUUUGUAUAUUCGAUCGACGGGAGGAAGCAGCGGUAUUAUCAGUAAAUUGUUAUGUGCCAAGUCAAGGGUCGCCCCGGUAAAACCUGUUACCAUACCGCGCCUCGAACUUUGCGGCGCGUUAUUGUUAGCAAGGUUACAUCGCGAAGUUAGUCACGCGCUAAAGUUCGUGCCCGAUAGAACGAUUUUUUGGUGCGAUUCAACCAUCGUAAUACAUUGGUUGAAGACGUCGCCUCAUCGACUUAAAACUUACGUGGCGAAUCGUGUCGUCGAAGUACAAGAGUUAACCAAGUCGAUUGAGUGGCGACAUGUUAGAUCGGAAGACAAUCCGGCCGACGCGAUCUCAAGGGGUCAACUACCUCACGCCUUUUUGCAAAAUAAAAUAUGGCAUACCGGACCUUCGUGGUUAAUCAGAAACGAGAAUGAGUGGCCCGGCACCGAUACUCAAAUGAUUGACAUACCCGAAUUAAAGGGGAACACUUGCUUGAUGACGGCCUUUAAGGAUCUCGAUAUACUUAAAAAAUAUUCUUCAUAUUCGAAGUUAUGUAGAAUUGUUGCCUACUGUUUCCGAUGGCGUCCCGCUAACAAAUACGCCGGGUCAUUGUGCGCAAAGGAAAUUGAUGAAGCUGAAGGUCGCGUAUUAAAGGUCCUUCAAACAUCAGAAUUCGCUGACGAAAUAAAACUUCUUCAAGCCAAGCAUUCGAUGUCCAAAGCCAAUCGAUUAUCCACUUGGCAACAUAUCACAAAGGUGCGACAGGAUUUUUGGGCUCGUUGGAAUCUGGAGUACUUAAACGAACUCCAGAAACGCACCAAGUGGAUCAAAGAUGGUCCAACAGUCGAUGUCGGAACAGUGGUUCUGCUUAAAGAAAAACACCUGCCUUGCACUCAAUGGGCACUGGGCCGAGUUACCAAAUUACAUCCAGGCAAAGAUGGGAUUACCAGAGCAGUUACCAUGAAAACCGCAUCUGGAGAGACGAAGAGAACCGUCAACCAUCUCUGCCCCCUCCCGAUUGAUAAAUAGCCAUAUUUGUAGUCAUAUUGGUCAUAUUUGUACAAGCGAUAAUUACCACAUGUAUCAUAACAAAUGUCUCAACUCGAAGCGAUACAACAAAUGUCUCAUCUCGAAGCGAUAUAACGAUGCGUAAUUCGUCGACGAAUUUAUACCAGGAGUACUCCAUUAUAUAUCUUGCGCACAACACACAUACGAAUCUGAUCACUAAUCUAUAGGAUAGUUGAUCGCUACCCUCUCAACGGGGGG